AAAUGAGCCGCUAUAUGCCGCUUUGAACGCGAACAUCGUGAAAGUAGUAAAUACCCACACGCGCGAGUACCUGUUGGACAUACAGGGAAGCACAUACGGGAAAGAACAACGAAAACAAGGAAACAAGCUAAACAAAGAGAGGAAGCAGGAGGAUUUGUUCGCGUGAUUCCUCUGGAAGCGGCUGUUAUUUGGGUGUAACUUUCGCCUCAGACCGGUAGUGGAGUCUCGCGCAGCGGCCUCGGGAAGCGAUGACUGGUGAGGAAUGAACACAACUUCACACCCCACGGACGUUACUGCGGGAAAACACGCGGUGGGUGAGGUGAAGGAGGACUUUUGCGUCCCGCACGCGCUCCGUGAUCGGAUAUAAUGGUCGUGGAGUGUUUACAAGCCUCGGGGUUUGGGGGAAGCUAACAGGCUAUUCAGCCACACCCUCCCGCCGCUUCCUGAUACGCAAGAUGUAGCGGGAGACUACAACUGACUCUCGAGAUCUUUACCGAGGUCGUAGAAACGUUAAACGCUUCGGUCGAGCGCGGAAAAUGCCGAGCAAAAGCGACACUAUCCGUCACCGGACGACCGUUGCGUUUCUGCUGAAGGGGGCGUUCGGACGAUAGAUAUGCAUACGGAUCUAAGCUCGCCCAAAGAACUCGGGAUCGUGUACGAAAAAGAAACGGUUGAAAGCGGCUCGGGAGCGUUUUGUGGACUUCGGAGGUGUCCUGGGAGGAUGAUGCAGAGGUGGCGGGGCGCGCGGUCAGCGCUCGCGCUUCGGUCGGAGGGUCGCGUCGGUUCAGUCCUCGAUCUUUACGCAUCGUCACCGUCAUUCAGGACAUUCAUUCAUAUGCCGAGAUUCAAGGAAUAAAAGGAGAAGCGGCUUCUGGAAGUCUGUUACUUGUACAAUACAAGCCUGUCAACCUGCACUUUGCCUACGUUUGGGCAUCCUUGUACACAUGGCACUGCAGUAGCCUUUCAAAGAGUGUUUUGGGCUUUGUUGCAUUGUUGGACCGACAUUGAAGUAUCCUGUGAAACUGAUCAGACUGUAGCCUACCUUUAAACAGGUAGUUGUGAAUUUGAUUGGAUUUUUUUCUUUUCGGUAUGCACAGUUAAAUCAGAUUAUUUAAACUUCGGGCAAUUCAAAGUUUGUAAACUGAAGAGAUAUUUAAUUAUAACUCUCCUGAGCCUCUUUUUGCUCACAAAUGCUUAAAAAUAUCCAAAUAUGUAGAGUUUUUUUUCGCGUUUUAUUUCGUUACGUAAGAAGCCAGGUGCUCGCGGGUGCAUUGAGUGAAGUUUCAUGUUGUUUUGCAAAUGUUUACUCAAAGAAUUAAGUGUCCCGUGUGAGCUGAUGGUGGACUUUGUUUUCUGAAGGACUUUACAGAAGACUCUAUGGCCAGUUUUCAAUUUAUAGAAACCUUGUUUUUAAACUGAAGAAAAUGCCAUAAGUGUUCACGCGAUCCAAGUGUCUCAUCUUUAUUUUGAAAAAGAAGAAAUUUGGAACAUCAGUGCGACCACCCUAUUAUGGCUAGUAGUGGCUCGGGAAAAUCGGAUAGCGACGUUCCUACCAACACCUUUAGUGGCAGCUUGCAACAAAGGAAAAGACUCUCAUCCCUCUGUGACGCAUGCAAAAGCAAAAUGCAGCUGGUGGCGGACCUGCUUCUGCUGUCCAGCGAGACCAGGCCGGUGGUCCACGCUGACGGCCUGCCGGUAGCCGAGACUUUCGAGAAAUGCCGCGACACGGUGAUCGCCAGGACCAAGGAGCUUUCCAUCAUCGUCCACGACAUUCAGAGCCAGCUCAACAUGGGGAAGUUUGUGGAGGUCGGGGACCGGCUGGUGGAGAUGGGGGACCUGGUGGUCUCGCUGACGGAGUACUCGGCACACGCGGCGUACUUGGCGGCCGUGGAGACCCCGGGUUCGCAAGCCGCCGUUGCCGGGCUGGUGGACCGCUACAAAGUCACCCGCUGCCGGCACGAAGUGGAGCAGAACUGCAACGUUCUCCGCCUGACGACUCUGGCCGACCUGACCCCGCACCUCCUCCUGGAGGUGUCGCAGAACGUCCUGAAGAACCUCACCACGCUUACGGACGCCUCCUCGAUGGCCAGUGAUAAAUCCAAGGACAAGUUUGCCAAGGAGCAGUUCAAAGCCAGCGUCAAGUGCAUGAGCACCAGCGCCACAGCUCUCCUGGCGUGCGUGAGGGAGGUCAAGGCCUGUCCCAACGAGCUCACUCGCAACCGCUGCGUCCUCUUCAGCGGGCCGCUCGUGCAGGCCGUGCACGCCUUGGUGGGUUUCGCCACCGAGCCGCAGUUCCUCGGCAAAGCCGCCCUCAUCACGCCCGAGGGCAAGGGGGUGCAGACGGCCGUGCUGGGCGGAGCCAUGAGCGUCGUGUCGGCCUGCGUGCUCCUCACCCAGGGCCUCAGGGAUAUCGCUCAGCACCCCGAGAGCAGCUCCCAGAUGCCCAUCUACCGGGAGCGGCUGCGGAACUCCGCUUGCGCCGUUUCGGAGGGAUGCACGCUCCUGUCUCAGGCACUAAGGGAACGAUCCUCACCCAGAACUCUACCGCCAGUGAACUCUCAUUCUGUGAAUUAAAACGCACAUAAGAGCAGCCCCUCGGCACGUUAUUCGAAUUACCAAAGAGUCCAAUCAGGUUUAACCGUGUGGUAGUCUGACCCAGUCGAGUCAAUGUACAGUUUAUCCAAAAUAACGUUUCGUGGCAGUCGGCUUCACUCAGGUUGAGGUCAGAGGUGAUGUUUGUAGGGUUUUCAUUUGAUUCGGAUGUUUGCUAAAUUUGCGAAAACUGACAACUGUCAAAAUUCCUCUGGUGGUUAAAAAGUGGUAAUUGAAACAGAAGCCUUAGUAAAACUUAAACUGAAAGUUUACCUCAGUGCUUUGCUGAAUGGAUGUCAUUGAGAGAAAUACAGAGUUUGUGUGCCGCGUGUGAGUUUGUAAUGAGUAAAAGCUGCUGUGAGUGUGUGCCAUAGGUUUUACACUAUUUACAAGACUUACAAUUAUAUUUUAAUGUGCUGUGUUUUGUUUUUUUCUUUGCCCACCCCAUUAUGUUUUAUCAUGCAUGUACUGGAGUAUUUAUUUCAACUUAUUAAAAUGUUGAUUCUCAUAAAUGUCA